ACGUUUUGUUUAUGUUUACGCAUUAGUUUCCUACUCUCCCUGGUCGUUCGUCGUACGCGGGUGGAGUACGAAAGUGAGAAAAUACCUUUCACUUUGCGGUGGCCAGCGGAACAUGGUAAAAACUCGAAUGAUUACCAAACAUUGUCCAGAAUGCGAAGUGCAGGUGGCGAUUGCGUCGAAGAAAUGUUCCUGUGGGCAUGUAUUCAGCAUGCGGCAGUCUAGUGCGACAGUGUACGAGCCUCCGUCGCGUUCGAAAACUGGCCCAAAACGGAAGGCGGCACAAGCGGCCUCGUCCUCCAGCGAUGGUCGCAAGGGUUCCGGCUCGGGUCAGGUGCAACGUCGUCGCACUAGCAGAGUACGACGGGAAAAACCGAACUACUACGACUCGUUGCAGUACGAGAAAAAGAAAAAGAAAACAAAGAAAUCCUCCAAGACAUCCCUCAUCAAGGGCAAAGACGCCAAACAGGCACAACUUAUUACGGCCAAGGAAACACAGGUAGCUCGAGCUAAUCGGCACGCCAACCGAAGGGCGAAGAAAGAAGAAAUCGACGGCGGUGGGGACCUUGCUGCCAAGUUGCCGUUGGAUAAGCAGGAAGUAGCCGCUAUCAUUUUGUCAGAAAUCAAUCGCAAAAUUGGUUCCGUAGUGUGGACGCAGCCCUAAAGCAUUUUCGUGAUACCUUUUCUGUAUAAAACACUUCAUUACAAUUAAUCCUACCUAUACUUAAGAUUAUAGAAAUAGAUGUGGGUUUGCUACGGAUAGUAUCGAAUAA